UCCGCACUUGAACUCCGCAGCGCGGGCCUUCCACCUUGCGCCGCCCCGAGCGCGGGCGUGGAGUGGCUGCCGGGAAACCCCGAUGAACUCUCCAGAAAGAGCGUGAAGGAGGGUCCGGCCGCCGCGCUCGGCUCGGGCGCCCGGGGUCUCCACUGGGGAACUCGGAGCAGCAGAACCAGGGAAACACUGUGGACCAUGACCGUGCGGCCCCUGGGGACCUCAGCGCAGUGAUGCCAACAUGAUGUUUCACUCAGAUCAAAUGUGGAACUGUCAUUGGAAAUGGAAGCCAAGUUCUCUUUUGUUCUUACUUGCUUUAUGUAUUGUGUAUGUUCCUCUUUCAGUGUGGGGAUGCGCCAACUGCAGGGUUGUCCUAUCCAGCCCUUCUGGGACAUUUACUUCUCCGUGCUACCCUAACGACUACCCUAACAGCCAGGCUUGCAUGUGGACCCUGCGAGCCCCCACCGGCUAUAUCAUUCAGAUAACAUUUAAUGAUUUCGACAUUGAAGAAGCUCCCAAUUGCAUUUAUGACUCAUUAUCCCUUGAUAAUGGAGAGAGCCAGACUAAAUUUUGUGGCGCAACUGCCAAAGGCCUAUCAUUUAACUCAAGUGCGAAUGAGAUGCAUGUGUCCUUUUCAAGCGACUUUAGCAUCCAGAAGAAAGGUUUCAAUGCCAGCUACAUCAGAGUUGCUGUGUCCUUAAGGAACCAGAAGGUCAUUUUACCCCAGACGCUAGAUAGUUACCAGGUAUCUGUUGCCAAAAGUGUCUCUAUUCCAGAGCUCAGCGCUUUCACUCUCUGUUUUGAAGCAACCAAAAUUGGCAAGGAAGACCAUGAAUGGAUAGCUUUCUCCUACUCAGAUACAUCCUUCACACAGUUACUUAGCUUUGGAAAGGCCAAGAAUGGCUACUUUAUUUCUAUUUCUGGCUCAAAAUGCUUCCUAAACAGCGUGUUACCUGUGAAGGAUAAAGAAGACAUUUUCACAGAAAGCUUUGAGCAGCUCUGCAUCAUUUGGAAUAAUUCUCUGGGUUCUGUUGGUGUAAAUUUCAAAAGAAACUAUGAAGCAGUUCCGUGCGAUUCUACCAUCAGUAAAGUUAUUCCUGGAAAUGGGAAGUUGUUGUUAGGCUCCAGUCACAAUGAGAUUGCCUCCCUAAAAGGGGACAUUUAUAACUUUCGACUUUGGAAUUUUACCAUGAAUUCCAAAGUCCUCUCCAACCUCAGCUGUCAUGUGAAAGGGAAUGUGGUCGACUGGCAAAAUGACUUCUGGAAUAUCCCCACCCUAGCUCUGAAAGCAGAAAGCAACCUAAGCUGUGGUUCCUACCUGAUCCCACUCCCAGCAGCAGAACUAACCAACUGUGCUGAUUUGGGGACCCUCUGCCAAGCUACUGUAGAUUCUCCUAGUACUACACCACCCACUGUCACCACUAACAUGCCUGUUACUAAUAGAAUCGAUAAACAAAGGAAUGAUGGAAUUGUCUAUAGAAUUUCCAUAGUGAUUCAAAAUAUCCUUCGUCACCCUGAGGUUAAAGUACAGAGCAAGGUAGCAGAAUGGCUCAAUUCAACCUUCCAAAAUUGGAACUACACUGUUUAUGUGGUUAAUAUCAGUUUUCACCAGAGCACGGGAGAGGACAAGAUUAAAGUCAAGAGAAGCAUUGUGAAUGAUCAAAGGUUGGUGAUUUGGGCCCUUCUAGUUUACAAUGCUACCAACAAUCCCAAUUUAGAAGGAAAAGAUAUUCAACAGAAGCUCUUAAAAAAUAACGAGUCCCUGGAUGAAGGCUUGAGGCUAUAUGCAGUGAGUGUGAAGCAACUGGGUAAGUGCCUUUUUUUAUAUGAUCCCAAAGGCUAUCACUGGCCACUCAUCCCACCUUCUGUAUACAACUUUCCCUGUCCAGGAAAACAGGGCUUUUAUGCUUCACGGACAUGUUAUCGUGACCCUGCCAACACAUCUGUAGCCUACUGGGGGCCUCCUGAUCUCUCCAACUGUUCAAGAGAAGCAAAUGAAGUGGCCAACCAGAUUUUAAAUUUAACUGGUGAUGGGCAGACCUUAAGCUCAGCCAAUAUUACCAGCAUUGUAGAACAGGUCAAAAGGAUUGUGAAUAAAGAAGAAAACAUUGAUAUAACGCUUGGUUCAACUUUAAUGAAUAUAUUUUCCAAUAUCUUAACCAGUCCAGACAGUGACUUGCUUGAGUCUUCUUCUGAAGCUUUAAAGACAAUUGAUGAAUUGGCCUUCAAGAUAGACCUAAGUAGCACAUCACAUGUGAAUAUUACAACUCGGAAUUUGGCUCUUGGAGUCUCAUCCCUGUCCCCAGGGACAAAUGAAAUUUCAAAUUUUAGCAUCGGUCUUCCAAGCAAUAAUGAAUCCUAUUUCCAGAUGGAUUUUGAGAGUGGACAAAUGGAUCCAUUGGCUUCUGUAAUUUUGCCUCCAAACUUACUUGAGGAUUUAAGUCAAGAAGAUUCUGUAUUAGUUAAAAGAGCACAGUUUACUUUCUUCAAUAAAACUGGACUUUUCCAGGAUGUAGAAACCAAGAAAGGCACCUUAGUGAGUUAUGUGAUGGCAUGCAGUAUUGGAAACAUUACUAUCCAGGGUCUGAAGGACCCUGUUCGAAUUAAAAUCAAACAUAUGAGAAACCAGGCAGUGCCUCAUCCCAUCUGUGCCUUCUGGGAUCUGAACAAAAACGAAGGUUCUGGAUUUUGGAACACGUCAGGAUGUAUGGCACACAGAGAUUCAGAUGAGAGCGAGACGGUCUGCUUAUGUAACCACCUCACACACUUUGGAGUUCUGAUGGACCUUCAAGGAACUGCCUCACAAAUAGAUGCAAGAAACACCAAAGUUCUCACCUUCAUCACCUAUAUUGGGUGUGGGAUAUCUGCUAUCUUUUCAGCAGCAACUCUCCUCACAUAUGUUGCUUUUGAGAAAUUGCGAAGGGACUAUCCCUCCAAAAUCCUGAUGAACUUGAGUACAGCCCUGCUGUUCCUGAACCUCCUCUUCCUCUUGGAUGGCUGGAUCGCCUCGUUUCACGUGGAGGGUCUUUGCACAGCCAUUGCUGUCCUGCUCCAUUUCUUCCUCCUCGCAACCUUCACCUGGAUGGGGCUAGAAGCAAUUCACAUGUACAUUGCCCUGGUUAAAGUAUUUAAUACUUACAUUCGCAGAUAUAUACUGAAAUUCUGCAUCAUUGGCUGGGGUCUGCCAGCCUUAGUCGUGUCCAUUGUUCUGGCAAGCAGAAACCAAAAUGAGGUCUAUGGAAAAGAAAGUUACGGAAAAGAACAAGGUGAUGAAUUCUGUUGGAUUCAGGAUCCAGUCGUAUUUUAUGUGACCUGCGCUGGGUAUUUUGGAGUCAUGUUUUUCCUGAAUGUUGCCAUGUUCAUCGUGGUAAUGGUGCAAAUCUGUGGGAGGAAUGGCAAGAGAAGCAACCGGACCCUGCGUGAAGAGGUUUUAAGGAACUUGCGCAGUGUGGUCAGCCUGACAUUUCUGCUGGGCAUGACGUGGGGUUUUGCUUCCUUUGCCUGGGGACCCUUACACAUCCCUUUUAUGUACCUAUUCUCCAUCUUCAAUUCCUUACAAGGCUUAUUUAUAUUUAUUUUCCACUGUGCUAUGAAGGAGAAUGUUCAGAAACAGUGGAGGCGGCAUCUCUGCUGUGGUAGAUUUCGGUUAGCAGACAACUCAGACUGGAGCAAGACAGCUACCAAUAUCAUCAAGAAAAGUUCUGAUAAUCUAGGAAAAUCUUUGUCCUCAAGCUCCAUUGGGUCCAACUCAACAUACCUUACAUCCAAAUCUAAAUCCAGCUCUACCACUUACUUCAAAAGGAAUAGCCACACUGACAAUGCUUUCGUGGACAAAUCCUCGUCAAAAUUGACCCAUGCUGAUGGAGAACAAACAUCAAUCAUCCCUGUCCACCAGGUCAUUGACAAAGUCAAGGGUUAUUGCAAUGCUCAUUCAGACAACUUCUAUAAAAAUAUUAUCAUGUCAGACACCUUCAGCCACAGCACAAAGUUUUAA